AGGCUAGAAGAAUUAGUUUCGAGCCAAUGUAGGCGCUCUACCGUCUUAGUUCUUGCCGAUUUAGAUGCAGGAAGGUCAGUGUACAGCCUGGGUUCUCAAUCGAGUCAGGGCUCAAACAAUACUUCCAUGUCUUCUAGGACUGCAUCCUCAUAUCGACAAUUGACAGCACCUCAUAGUAACAGUAGAGACCGGCAACUAGGCGGAGCCGACAGGAAACCACUGCACUCGGGUAUGCCUCCAGCAUCAAGCUCAUUACACCCAAUUAUCAACGGGUCCAAACCUCAUAAGCUGUCCGUCGAUAGGCUACUAUGCAUCAAUUGUGCGGACUUCGGCCACCGCCGAAGGGAUUGUCACAAUAAAUCCUUGACGCAUUUGGAACAAGCAUAUCUGAAGGAAAUUGUAUUCGGACUGAUAUCUUUUCAAUCAGCCCAAUCGUACUUCUAUUGA